AUGUGUUUACGGCUCUUGUGGGAGAGACAAACCUUUGAGGUCAUGUCGUCAGCAACAUUCGGUCUCACAGUUCUUUCCCAGUGGACCAUACGUCUCUCCAUAACCUCCCCCCUGUCCUUCCUCCACUCGCUCCAGGUGCUGGGCUACUACAACCGCAGAGGCAUCAACCCGGAGGCCUUCCUCAACGAGAUCCGCUACAUCGCCAGCGACCCAGACGACAAGCACUUCUUCAACGUGACCGACGAGUCCGCACUCAAAGACAUCGUGGACGCCCUGGGAGAGCGCAUCUUCAGCCUGGAAGGCACCAGUAAGAACGGCACAGCGUUUGGUCUACAGAUGUCCCAGGCUGGUUUCUCCGCACACACGGUGGAGGAUGGGAUUGUGGUGGGAGCCGUGGGAGCCUACGACUGGAACGGGGCCGUGCUGAAGGAGACGCGGCAGGGAAAGGUCAUCCCUCCCAAGGCCUCCUACACCCACGAGUUCCCAGAGGAGCUCAAGAACCACGGGGCUUAUCUGGGCUACACGGUGAGCUCUGUGGUCUCGGCUCGACACGGGCGCCUCCUGGUGGCCGGCGCUCCCCGCUUUAACCACACGGGGAAAGUCAUCGUGUUCACUCUGAAGAACAGCGGAGAGCUCAGUAUCCUGCUCUCACUCAAAGGACAGCAGAUCGGCUCGUACUAUGGCAGUGAGAUCGCUCCCAUGGACCUGGACGGAGACGGGGUGACGGACAACCUCCUGGUGGCUGCUCCCAUGUUCUUCAGCGGAGGCAUGGAAAAGGGCAAAGUGUACAUCUACAGGGUCUCCGAACAUAACCGGUUUGUGCUGGAGGGCUCUCUGGAGAUCCACAAUGGCGGCCAGAACGCACGCUUCGGCUCGUCCCUGGCACCGGUGCCCGACCUGAACGGGGACGGCUUCAACGACCUGGUGGUGGGCGCACCGCUGGAGGACGACCACAGGGGGGCAGUGUACGUGUUCUUCAGCCAGCACAACCGCAUCCUGCGCAAAUACAAGCAGAGGAUCGCGGGGGCAGACCUGGCCUCGGGGCUGCAGUACUUCGGUCGCAGUAUUCACGGAGCCAUGGACAUGAACGGGGACGGCCUGGUGGACCUGGCUGUGGGCGCACUGGGAGCCGCUGUCCUGCUCUGGUCCCAGAGUGUGGUGCGGAUCUCGGCCUCGGUGCGAUUCGAGCCCGCAAAGGUCAACGUGUUUGUGAAGGACUGUCAGCGCGCGGGCAAAGAGGUCACCUGCAUGUCCGCCAUCGCCUGCUUCAACGUGAUCGCGCGCACCCCGGUCCCCGCGGGCCGGCGUGUGGACAUGAAGUACAACGUGUCCAUCGUGGAGAGGCGCUUCAAUCCCAGAGCUGCCCUGGACCAUCCAGCACAGGCCCAACGGCAGAACCUGAGCCUGCUGCCCGGAGAGGAGUUCUGCCAGCACCACUACUUCCACGUCAUGGAGACCACGGACUACGCUCGGCCCAUUGUGUUCGCUGUUCAAGUGGGACUGCAGAGACCUGAGGAGAGCCCAGUGCUGGACGAGGGCUGGCCCACCCUCACACACACAGAGCUGCCCUUCUGGAACGGCUGUGACGAGGACAACUGCAUCCCUGACCUAUCGCUACAGAGUAUGACCGACCUGAUGAACCCCAGGCAGUUCUGUGCUCAGCCGGUCCAGUCUCAGGGCGUCUUCUGCAGAAAUGUGGGGGAGGCGGGCACAGAGGGCAGCCUCAGGGUGAUGGAGGCCCGCAGGGGGAGGAUGGUGGUGGACGUCCGGCUGGAAAACAGAGGGGAAAACGCUUAUGGAGCCCGCAUUAACAUCAGCCACACGGCCAACCUGCGCCUGUCCAGCCUGCAUGUGAAGGACAACUCUGACAUCAGAAUCGUGUGUAGCAGUGAGGACCGUCUCCGUCUGCAAAGACUCUGCAACGUCAGCGCCCCGUUCAUGAGAGCCAAGUCUAAGGAAGCCAAGACAGGCCAUGCCGGUGAUGUGACGGCCUGGCCUGGCUUCCUCAUCAUCCCCACCACCACCACCGCCACCACCGCCACCUCCACCAACACCAACACCCAGGGAGAAUCCUCCUCUCCUGACUCAGAGUUAGUCCGGGGUCAGGGCCUGUGCUCCGGCCCCGUGCUGCUGGCCUCCUCUGGGGACUGGACCCUGUUUGGAGCUGUCUGUGACCUGCACACGCUGAGAACUGUCUGA